ACCGCCUCAGAAGCGGAGGUAUCCUGGCUUGUGCGCAAUGCCAUCAUGUGGCGGGCACGGGUGGUAUCAUUCGCUGAAGAGCAUCCUCCCGCUCUUUGUUGGCUGGUGGGACUUCUGCAUUGUGGUGUUUGCUGCGUCGGUAGCUGCGAAAGACACCCGCAAGGAGACGCCGCCCCUCCUCGCUCGUGGAUACCCUGAUGACCGCAAGAAAGCUCCAAGGCCGGAUAGCCUGCGCGAGCGUCACCACCGCCCUAUAAACGGACCGAGUCCGCCCGGAGACUCUCCCCGACAUUCAGCCCGACAUCCAGCCUGCCCUGCCAUCCAGCCCGACCAUCUCGCCUCAACACCUGCCUAACAUGAUUGGAGACGACGACUUUGCUUCUGAGUGGGCCACCCCCCCUCCCUACUCCCCUCUUCCCGGCGGCGAGCCGAAGACCUACACUAUCCUCAUCCUCGGCGAAACAGGCGUCGGAAAGUCGACCCUCAUCAACGCCUUGGCCAACUACCUCACCUUCGAUAGCCUCGACAACAUUUCGCCGGAGCAAGUGCUCUCGCUCAUCCCGACCAAGUUUUUCCUGUACGACUCCGAGUCUCCCGAAGAAGAGAUUGUCAUUCGAUCCGAACGCCUUAUUGAUACACCCGGCAUGGGCGACACUCGCGGUAUCCAGCAAGACAAGGAUAACAUGGACCUCAUCAUCAAGUACAUCGCUGACUAUCCCGAAAUCAACGGCAUCUUGAUGCUGCUGAAGCCAAACAACAGCCGCCUGACCACCUGGUUCCGCUUCUGCAUCAAGGAGCUCCUCAAGAGCUUGCACAAGGACUGUGUCAGAAACAUCCUGUUCAUGUUCACCAAUGCCAGAAGCACUCUCUACCGUCCGGGAGACACGAUGCCGGCGCUGAAGAAGCUGCUGAAUGAGGUCAAGCGCGACUCUGGGGUCGACAUCCCAAUCAACAAGAGCAACCUCUUCAUGGUCGACAACGAGGCCUAUCGAUAUCUCCUUGCAAGGGGACAGGUCAACUUCACCAGUGCCGAGCAAGAGGACUUCCGCAACUCGUGGGCCAAGUCCUCAGAGACCUGCCGCAAGAUGCUGGAAACAAUUGCCGGCAUCGAGAGCUUCGAAACCGAAAAGACUGUCGUCCUGUACGAGGUCCGAAGCCAGGUUCUCGAGCUCUGCAAGCCACUUGCUGAUGUCGCCGCAUCGAUCAUCUCCAACAAGAAGACCCUCGAUGAUCAGAUCAAGGCCCUGAGUUCAACCUCGGCGUCCGUGGCUGAUCUCCAAAAGGCCCUCAAUGUCACCGUCGACAUCCCCAUUCCACAAGAACUUCCUCAUCCCGUCACGGUGUGCUCCCAUCCUAGCUGCGUCAAGCAUAUCACUGACAAGGAAGGACGAACGAUCACAGACUACGUGACCAAGUGCCACGACCACUGCUAUCUCAGCAACGUUGCCAAGGAAGUCAUUGGCGACGCCGUCCUCCUGAACUGUUGGGCCAUGAGCGGUGAAAACUGCAGAAUAUGCUCGCAUUCGUACAGAUAUCAUCUCCACAUCUACUGGAGGAUGCAGUACGAAAAGCAAAGUGUUCUGAACGAGCAAGCGCGCAAGCAGAUCCAAGAUGAGCAAGACAACGGCAAGCAGAUCCAGAUGGCCAUCGACAGGCUCCGAAAGAAGAUUGUCGACCUGGAGGACGAGGAGCGCACCAUCAUGUCCAUCAGUGCCAAAUUCGCCGUCUUUGUCAAGGCAAACGGCAUCGUCCUCUACAACGAUGCCCUGCUCGAGUACCUCGAUCAUCUGAUCAAGGAGGCCCGCGAGUCUUCGAACCAGCUUCCUGGCAGCUCUGCCCAGCAGCAGACCAAAAUCGAAGGCCUCACCAAGCUCAAGCAGAUCUACGAGAGCGAGCGCAAGAUUCUCACUGACGGUAUUGCUGCCUAUCAUCGGGCCCCGCCAUCGCACGAAGAGGUGAAGAAACUCAUGAAGGACCUGUCCCAGCUGGAAUACUCUGGCAAGUUCUUCAAAAACCUGCGAUCCACCCCCCUCGAGCACAACCACGGCCGGCGGGGCGGCCCGUCGUCCAAUGCCCCACAAAGCAGCUCGCCAUUCAUCUCCGGCAGCAUCCUUCCCACAUUCUCCGGCUGGAACCCGUUUUCGGGAAAGAAAGGUGGCUCCAGCUAGACAAAGCAAGUCCACUCUUGCCAGAGCGCUCCCUCUAAUGCUCACUAGAUGGCAGCCGAUGGCUUGAAUAGCCUUGAUCAUCACUCUUUCCUUUCUCCCUCACUUUCUGCGUAUGUGCGUGUGUCUAUAUAAUCGAUUGGUGGACAUGUAUGUGUCUUGGAGCACCUGAGCAAGUGAGGAGUGAACAAGCGCAAGGACGAAGACCAAGUGCUUGGUAUGAGCUUUAUUAGCUUUUAGCCCCGAAC